AUGGUGGCGUGGGGCUGGACCGUCGAGUUGGACCCCUCGAGAUCGGCCAGUAAGGCGCAGAUCAAAAAGAAGCAGUCCAAAUUAUCACUGGGCGACUACACCCCCAGACCAGCUGACCUUCGCAGCAUAACCCUGACCCGAGGAAUGUUGGAGAUGGCCGAACGUCUGGCGGACAACGCCCACGACGUUUGGGCGGUCAAGAAGAAAGUUGAACUGGACAAAUUAGGUGGAGCCAUCAACCCACAAUUCAUCCCCUACAGCAUGCUGACGGACAAGGAGAAGAAGGAGAACAGGGAGAGAGCACAAGAGCUCAUGAGAUACAUGCAGAUGUGUGGUUACAGAAUCAUUAGUAACGAGGUAGCGAGGACUCGUAAGGAUACGAACAUUCGUCAGAACAAGGGGAGUGAGAGUGGUAUCGACACGUCUGGAACUGAGAAGAGAUUUGCAUACAGCCUGGUGGAAAAACUUCUGGAGUACGUCGACAAGGCAGCCUACAACAUGAAGAACAUGAAGCCGUCAGCGAGAUUCAGUAGGAGGCACAGCUUCUCCAUGUCGAACGAGGACAUCAAGUUUUUUGGUAAGGUGGUUCUGCCGCUGGUGGAGCGCUACUUCAGAGCACACAAGUCCUACUUCAUCACGAACAACAACAUGCAACAAUCUUCUGGCAUGGCUACAGGCAAAGAGAAAGAGAUGACUGCCAGUUUAUUCUCCAAACUGGCUCUGCUGUUACGUCAGCGCAUCUCGGCAUUCGGACAUGAUGUUCAGAUCUCAGUCAGGUGUCUUCAAACGCUCGUGCAAGCCAUCGAUGCCAGAGCCAUUGUGAAGAGCAGUCCUGAAAUAGUUCGAUCCUCCAUACUUCCCUUCUUCACAUUCGCUGCAGACGACUUGGCUCAAAUCGUGUCCAAUCUGAAAGCGGGAAGAUUCAGUCACGUGAAAGGCACAAUAACUCGCGGGGCAACCAGCUUGAACUACGUGCACAUGGUUCUUCUCCCUGUCCUCACCUCAAUGUUUGACCAUCUGGGCAGGAAUGGAUUUGGGGCUGAUUUGUUGGUCGGUGAAGAACAACUAUGUUGCUACAAAAUCCUCAACGCUCUCUACACGCUUGGCACCCACAGUUCAACUUUUGUUCAAAGACAUCGUUCUGCACUUGGUGAAUGUGUGGCUUCGUUUGCAAGCACCUUCCCUGUGGCUUUCCUGGAGCCAAAACUCAACAAAUUCAACAAGAAUUCCAUUGUGUUUGGCAUUGAAGAAGAUAGGAUUGCCACUCACUCAUUAGAGGCCAAAGAAGUCUUAGACGAAGUGGCCAUCAACGUGCUCCCUCUGGAGAAGAUAGUGAGCGAGAUAGAGGGCCUGGCAGAAUCGGGGGGCAAGUACAACGAAGCCCCACACGUCAUUGAGGUCACCCUACCUAUGUUGUGCAGUCAAGUCCAGGUGACCACGGUGACAGCUGAUCUGAUGAACAACGUGCUCGGGAACGUCUUGAAACUCGUUAAAAACAACAUCGGAACGUUGAAUGCACCCUGGAUGAACAAAAUUGCAUCACGCACCCAGCCGAUCAUCGUGAACGCGACGACGGCCAUGUUGAAGGAUCAGAUACUCCCAGUAGCCAUCAAGAUCCGCGAACAGGCACGAAACCUGGAGAAAGAGGAGGAAGAAUAUCUGGCGGAAGUGAGGAGGAUGCAGCACAAAAAAGAUGGCGGAGAAAUUGAAUCGGAAGUGCCAGAAAAAUACCAGAUACUGGUUCGAGACAUGUACGCUUUUUACCCACUCCUCAUCAAAUACGUCGACCUGCACAGGUCAAACUGGCUGAAGUGUCCUAACUCAGAUGCUGAACACUUGUACCUCUGCGUGGCUGAUGUCUUUAAUCUUGGAACCAAGUCGCACAUCUUUAAGAAAGAAGAGCAAAACUUUGUCUUCAGCAAUGAGAUCGACAACAUGGCCCUCAUACGACCCAGCCAGGACAAACACUCUGCUUCCGGAGCCACCAUGGUCGAUGGCGGCAAGAUGGACCAGCCCAAAACUAAGGGCAGGAAAAGAGUGCCAAAAAAGAUGGAAGUGUCGGCAAGUUUGAACGUGGCAUGCCUCAAGAGACUGCUUCCCAUUGGCUUGAACAUGUUCGGAGGCAAGGAACAGGAGCUGGUGCAGCAGGCUAAGCAAAAAUUAGUCGAUCAUUCUCAAAAUCCAGAACAUGUUGAAGGCCUGCACAGAGACAUUGAGGCCGAUGUGGAAGAAUUUUUAAGAGUGAACUUUCACACAGAAGAGAAGGCAAAAGAAGACGACGACGCCCAUCAGUGGCAGAACGCCCUCUACAAGAAGAUGAGCCACAAGAACGUUGAUAGCAACAAGCAGCUGACCACCGACCACGUGAUCGCUCGGAUGCUGGCCAUGGCAAAAGUUCUCCAUGGUCUUCAUCUGGUUGAACACCCGGUGACAGAUGUUGAGACGCAGUGGAAGAAGGCGGUGUCUCUGCAGAGGAAGAGAGCAGUGAUGGCCUGCUUCCGCAUGGUGCCUCUCUACAACCUUUCUAGGCAUCGGGCCAUCAACUUAUUCUUGCGGUCCUACAAAGAACAGUGGUUGGACAGUGAGCCACCAGGGCAUAGUCGGCUGGUUGAGGAUAUAACCAGCACAAAUGAAAAGGCGGUGGCAGAAGAAGCCACUUCAGAGUCGUCGCCACUGACGCAACUCAUCACAGCGUUCACCAGGGCUGCCACCAUUGAGCAAUCUAAUGCGCUUGAAACCGAUUUCUUGUAUAUAUCCUGUCAUGGUGAGGAGGAAGAGGAGGAAGCGGAGGCUGUAGAGGGUGAAGUGGAGGGUGAAACGGACGAUGGAGGGGCAGGUGCCUCCCUACAAGAGCAAGAAAUGGAGAGGCAGAAAUUGUUGUUUGAGCAAUCGAGGUUGAGUGAUCGUGGUGCCGCUGAGAUGGUCCUCAUGUACAUCAGUGCCAGCAAAGGCCAAUGGAAUGACAUGCUCAUCUCUACAAUUGACCUCGGGAUAUCCAUUCUCAUGGGAGGAAACACUGGCGUCCAAAAAAAAAUGUUGGACCAUUUGAAGGAGAAGAAAGAUGUUGGCGUGUUCACCUCCAUAGCUGGACUCAUGCAGCAGUGCUGUGUCCUUGACCUUGAUGCCUUUGAGAGGUACAACAAAGCAGAGGGGCUCGGGGUGACGGAGGGCACAGCCCAGGUCAAGAACCUUCACGAUGCUGAACAUACGUGCAAGUUAUUUAGACUUUCAAAAUUACUUGAGGGCGCAGGCAAAGAAAGUUUCAUCAGAGCCAUCAGUGUCGCAUCGCAAGUCUUCAACAGCAUAUCCGAGUAUAUUCAGGGCCCAUGCCAGGGCAACCAGUUGGCACUGGCGCACAGUAGGCUGUGGGAUGCCGUCGGUGGCUUUCUUUUCAUAUUCGCUCACAUGCAAGAUAAAUUAUCCAGGGAUCCGGAACAAUUCGAGUUGCUACGUGAAUUCAUGACACUACAAAAAGACAUGAUGAUUAUGCUUCUAUCCAUGCUGGAAGGAAACGUGAUGAACGGACCAAUAGGAAAGCAGAUGGUCGACACGUUAGUUGAGUCGUCCGCAAACUUUGAACUGAUUCUCAAAUUUUUCGACAUCUUCUUGAAAAUGAAAGACCUGACGAGAAGUGAAGGAUUCAUGGAAAUUGACGUGAACAAUGACGGCAUAGUCACUCCGAAGGAAUUCAGAAGGGCCUUGGAGCUGCAGAAGAUAUACACUGAAGAAGAAAUAGAAUACGUAAUGAUGUGCAUAGAUGCCAAUCAGGACGGCAAGGUAGAUUUCAACGAAUUCACCGGAAGAUUUCACGGACCAGCUAAGGACAUUGGGUUCAACGUGGCUGUCUUACUCACUAACCUUUCCGAACAUAUACCUAAUGACCCCAGACUUGAACGUUUCCUUGAGAAAGCUCAAUGCGUUCUCAACUACUUCGAACCAUACCUGGGCCGCAUCGAGAUCAUGGGUAGUGCCAGCAAGAUAGAGAGAGUUUACUUCGAAAUCAAGCAAGAUCAUAUCGACCAAUGGGAGAAGCCGCAGAUUAAGGAAUCCAAAAGAACUUUCCUGCACAACAUCGUGAACGAGGAAGGCGAUAAGGGCAAGCUGGAGUGCUUCGUCAACUUCUGUGAGGAGACAAUCUUUGAGAUGCAGCACGCAAACAGCAUCAGUGCAGAGGAGCAAGCCCUCAUGUUAGCCCAGUAUGCCUCGAACAGAGCUGCCGGAGAAGGCCAACGAACGUUCGCCUUCCUCUACAUUCUCUUCUACUUCUUCUUCUCGAUCCUCGGCAACUUCAACUACUUCUUCUACGCCUCGCACCUGCUCGACGUCGCCGUCUGCUUCAAGACGCUCGGCACCAUACUGCAGUCAGUCACUCAUAAUGGAAAACAGCUGGUAUUAACGGUGAUGUUGUUGAGUAUCAUCGUCUACCUCUACACCGUCAUUGCCUUCAACUUCUUCAGAAAGUUCUACGUACAAGAGGAAGAUGAUGAAGUUGACUACAAGUGUCACGACAUGCUAUCAUGUUACGUCUUCCAUCUCUAUGUUGGCGUCAGAGCCGGCGGUGGAAUAGGUGACGAGAUCAACCCUCCAGAUGGCGAUCCCUACGAAGUCUACCGUAUCUUCUUUGAUAUUACUUUCUUCUUUUUUGUCAUCGUCAUCCUUCUAGCCAUCAUUCAAGGUCUCAUCAUUGACGCAUUCGGCGAGUUGAGAGACCAAUUGGAGCAAGUGAAAAGCGAUCUGGAGUCUUCUUGCUUCAUCUGUGGGAUGAACAAGGAAUAUUUUGACAAGCAGCCGCACGGCUUUGAGACACACGUGCAAAAUGAACACAACUUCGCUAAUUAUCUGUUCUUCCUCAUGCACCUCAUCAACAAGCCGGAUACCGAAUAUACUGGACAGGAAUCUUACGUAUGGCAGUUGUACCAACAAAGAUGUUGGGAUUUCUUUCCUGUUGGUGAGUGCUUCAGGAGUCAGUACGAAUCCGAAUUACUGAAAUAAAAGUAUGGCCAGCGACGCUGCAAAACAAGACAAAGAAAUUUUAACGACGAUAUCCAUUUUUUUUAAUUCUUGGCAUGUUUUCCCGCUGUUGGAAGAUUCUUUUUUUAUUUGUUUGUUUUUUCCAAAUUUCGUCAUUUCAAUUUUUAUAUCAUUUAUUAUUACUACGUAUAAAUAAUAUAAUGAAUAUAUAUAUAUAAUAAUAAACUUGAAACAAUCAAUCAAUCAACCAACCAAUCAAUUAAUCAAUCAAUCAUUCAUUAAACCAAUAAAUCAACCCACCAAUCAAUCAAUCAACCAAUCAAUCAACCAAUUUAUCAAUCAACCAACCAACCAAUAAACACAACUAAACAAUCAAACAAACAUGUUUAUGAAACGCAGUUUCACAAAAAUUAAAUUAAGAAUGUAAAUAAGUUAAUAUAAUUAAAAGAUUUAAUAUUUUUUUUUAAAGUUUCAAAUGUAAAAUAAUAGUUUUUUUAACUUAAUGUUGAAUUUUUUUCAAAUUUACAUUUAAAAUGAAAUGACCCUAAAGAUUUGGUUGCGUUGUUUUUUUCUCGGUUUGGUGUGCCUAUGUUUUCUUUCACUAACAUCAUCAUAUAUUUAUUUUUUGUUUUUUUCUAGUUUUUUUUUUCUUAUUUAUUUUUCUUUUUCGCACAAAGUUUUUAAAUUUCAAUUCAACACAAAUUUUUCAAAAAACA